UAUAGUGUUUUAUUCAUGCAGGCUGAUGUCCUUACAACAGAACUGGAAACUACAUCUUCAAAAUGUCUACACCUGGAUGCAAAAAAUCAAAUUCUUCAACAAGAGUUAUUAUCAAUGAAAGCUUUCGAAGAAGAACGUGAAAAAGUAGAGAGCAAUAACAAGAAGUUACAACGAGAAGUAGUAAAAUUGAAACAAUUUAUGGAAAUGAAUAUGGUAGAGCGCAGUCAAGUGGAACAGUAUAAACGGGAGAUUGAAGAAAGAGCACGACUGGACAUAGUACAAAAAUUACACGAAGUCAACCUGUUUUUACAGGCACAAGCAGCAGCUCAAGAAAACUUGGACCAGGUAAGAGAAAAUGCUCAUGCUUCAACGAGAAGUCAAAUGGAACUUAGAAUUAAAGAUCUGGAAUCUCAGGUCUCUACAAUGAAGACGUCUCAAGAAGAUUCUACUAAAACAGAGUUGGAAACCUACAGGCAACUCUACCUAGAAGAAUUAAAAGUUACAAAGUCCUUGAGAAAUGAGCUGUACAGGACUAAUGAGAGACUGUCAAAGAGCAAUACAAAACUUCUUGCAGAGAGACAGCAGCAUCAAACUUCACUCAGGACUCUUACUAUGAGCCCAGGCCUGGAAACACCUUAUUGUGGACAUUUUGAAAAUAAUUCAGUGCUCAAUGGAAACCUUACUCCAAGAGGAAACUUAGUGAUUCCUACCUUAAACCCACGGCCGUCAUAUGACUACUGGGAGACUUCCUUGUGGAAGAUGCAGCGGGAGUUGGAGAAAGGAGUAACCAGAGCACCAGAAGAAGCUGCUACUGAAUUUGAACGAGGAUCCUGUAGAACUCCUUUAGUAUCUACUGAUGAUUCAAUUCUAAAUCAAGAUCCAGUAUGCAAAGUGUCACGAGAAUAUGCAGAUUUUGAACAAAAAUUAUCUGAUUUGAAAAAUAAAUAGAAAAAAAAUUUACUG